AUGAUUAGAACUGUAAAGCCCAAGAAUGCAAGAGCCAAGAGAGCUUUGGUAAAGAGAGAAGCCAAAUUGGUAGAGAAUGUCAAACAAGCGCUCUUCAUUCCAGGUCAAACCUGUAACAAGAAUCUACAUGAUAUUAUGGUAGAUUUGAGUGCCCUGAAGAAGCCAGAUAUGAAGAGAUUCAAUCGUAAGAAUGAUAUUCAUCCUUUUGAAGAUAUGGCACCGUUAGAGUUUUUUAGUGAAAAGAAUGACUGCUCAUUGAUGGUAUUGAUGACGAGUUCCAAAAAACGUAAAAAUAAUAUGACCUUUGUACGUACAUUCGGAUAUAAAGUGUACGAUAUGAUUGAGUUAAUGGUCGUAGAUAAUUUCAAGUUGUUAUCCGACUUCAAGAAUUUAACAUUUACCGUCGGGUUAAAACCUAUGUUUACAUUCCAAGGUGCUGCAUUUGAUACACAUCCUGUAUACAAGCAAGUUAAAUCUUUGUUUUUAGAUUUCUUUAGAGGUGAAACCACUGAUUUACAAGAUGUUGCAGGCUUGCAGCACGUCGUUUCCGUCACCAUCCAAGGUGACUUUCAAGAUGGUGAACCAUUACCAAACAUUUUGUUUCGUGUUUACAAACUAAAGAGUUAUAAGAGUGAUCAAGGUGGUAAGAGACUACCAAGGAUUGAAUUGGUAGAGAUUGGGCCUCGUCUGGAUUUCAAAAUAGGCAGAAUUCAUACUCCAAGUCCAGACAUGGUCACAGAAGCUCACAAGAAACCAAGACAAUUAGAAAUGAAGACGAAGAAGAACGUAGAAUUGGAUAUUAUGGGAGAUAAAUUGGGUAGAAUCCAUAUGGGUAAACAAGACUUAGGUAAAUUACAAACAAGGAAGAUGAAAGGUUUAAAAUCCAAAUUCGACCAAGGCACAGAGGAAGGUGAUGGAGAAGUCAAUGAGGAUUACGAAGAUGAAGCAUCAUAUUCUGAUGAUGGACAAGAAUACGAGGAAGAAUUCGUCAGUGCCACUGAUAUUGAACCAUCUGCUAAAAGACAGAAGAAAUAA